AUGACUUUGAAGACCUUUGAAGCUCAUGACUUUGGUCAUGAGGCUGCAGAAUCUUUUUUCGUGUUGGGGCAACAUUACAUCAAGAAGGGAUGGAAGGACCAGAGCUGGCAGGAAGAUCUUGACCAGAUGAUCAAUGAGGUCUUGCUCACAGAGGUGGGAAAACUGCGUGCAACCUUCAGCCACCAUUUGCGGGAGUAUGAGGUUACACUGUCUCAAAUGCAAUCGGAGAACGGAAAUGGGUGCGCAAGGCAAGACAUAGAGCUUCUCAAACAUCAGGUGCAUUUGAUGGAGCGGCAGAAGCGGAAAAGGAAUAUGGAAGUUGGCAAACUGCGGAAGGCUAUGAAGGAAGUCCGCAAUGCUCUGUUUACAGAGACACCUCCUGCUGCUCAGGGGCACCUGGCUGCGCAGCAACUGCUUGAAGAGGUUCGUGUCGAACGGGAGAGACGAACAGCUGAGAAGAACUACUUAGAGGAGCAGAUCAAGAAGCUGCAAGCAGAAAUCGAGGAGACACAAAACGCCCCGGCAGAUCAUGAGAAGGAGAAGCUCAGGGCUUCUGUGAAGCAGUUGAAGACGUCGAUCGAAUCAAAAGAUCGCUAUGCCUGUUGGGUGUGCAAUCGAGCGCAUGAGCGUCAUGAAGAGUCAGAUCGUGGUUCCGCGUCUGGUGAGGAUUCGGACCAUCAUGAAGAUGAAUGCGUGAUGAUGCGAAGGCACUUGUUGGAGCUAGAGGAGGAGUUGCGAGAGAUCUCGGGCGAACCUGUUGCAGGUGUGCCAUCGUCAGCAGCUGCUAGUGAUGCGCCGGCAGAGGCGGCCAGCAGCAGCCGCAGGCCCUUGGCAGCUCGCUUGUCGUUGGAACCGCCCAGCAUUUCUGAAGCACCCAUGAAUCCAGCAUCCAGUUUGACGCGAUCUACCCGGGAUCGAGUGCCAACUCCCUGGGCCUCACAGGCCGCAGCGACCUUUGAGUCUGAGGCAUCGGUUCAGUUCUCCGACUCCGUCACGACCGUGACAUCUCCCGAAGUUCCGGAGACUGUGCCGGAGGUGGGCAAUCGCUCUGUGCGCGAUCGCAUUGCCACUCCAUAUGUGGAUGCAUCAGCUGCCAGCACUGAGGAUCGCAGAGUCGUCCUUGCUCCCGUUCUUUCAAGCAUUGAGGAAUUUGAAGCAGAAAGUUCCAGAGAACAGCUGCGAUCCAGCCGAGACAGGAUGCCAACACCUCACGUGAGCUCGGAGAUGGUGGAGGAGACCUUCGCAAAUUCAGCGAAAACGGUCCGGAUCUUCCCAGCUGCAGAUGUGAAGGCAAUUCCUGUCUCCGGCGAAGGGCGGUCCUCAAGAGAGCGCAUAGCCACGCCUUUCAUGAAGGACGACGAGCCGUUUGAAGACGCUCGCUCAGUGCAUUUUAGCGCAGAGGUUUCCCGUGGCCCUGACACUCGACCCUCCUUUGGAGCUGUAGAGGAAAUUCAGACGGAGAUUGCGCCGGAUCAUCAUCUUCGCGCCAGCCGCGAGAGGAUGCCAACGCCUCACGUCAGGAUGGACCUCAUUGAGGCAACCAGCCAGGAUUCUCCCACAGACAGUGCCGAUCGGCACGUUCGCAUCUCCUUCGCAGCUCAGGUGGAGGCAGUGCCGCUGACCGGUGGACGGCGACCGUCAAGGGAUCGAAUCCCCACCCCAUUCUUCAAGGAACAGUUGCCCGUUGAGGAAAGGGCAGUGCAGUUCAACGAUGGCGACGGGGUUGGACAUCAUGCAUCAUUCGGUGGUAGCGAGGAAAUCGAGACCGAAGUCCCUGCAGACAGCACGAUGCUGCGAAGUCGCGACAGGAUUGCAACGCCUCACGUGCGCUUAGACUUCAUGGAGGAACCCGAAAUUAAAGAGGGCAAGCAUGUCCGCAUCUCCAACGCUGCAGACAUCAAGGUGAGGGGUAGCAUGAACUAUCGCAAGUAUCGUCUCAAGAUGAGAUGGGCCGAUGAACUGUUUGCGACAGAUGGUCUCCUCUACAACGGGUGCUACCUGGGCUUGUCUAUCACUCAGGGGCAUCAGCAGCAUGAAGGCUUAGGUGCCACCAAUCACUGGACUGCACCCGUUUGGUGCGGAGGCGUAAAACGCAUGCGGGUUGGUUCUCGAUCUGUGCACGACAGACUCCCAACUCCCUAUGCGUCGGCUCGAGAAUUUCAAGAGGAUGGAAAAGUGGCCAUCAAUGCUUUUGGACUAGUUCAGGAGUUUGAAGUCCAUGAUUCCAAGAACAGUCUUCGAUCGAGUCGUGACAGGGUGCCGACACCGCAUGUGAGCAACGAGCUGAUCGAGGAGACCUUUGCCGGCUUCCAGAAAUCCGUCCGUGUUCUGCCAACGGCAGACGUCGAGGCCAUUCCUGCAGCCAAAGAUGCAAGGUCCAGCAGAGAUCGAAUAGCAACUCCCUUUGUCAAGGAGGACGAAAUGCUUGGAGAUCGUGCAGUGAACUUCGAGGCCCUCCUUGGGGCUCAGAGCUGCGAAGCCCCAGACAGCAGGACGGUAAGCUUCCGCCCUGCCAGCCUCAUUGAAUUUGACAACAUCUCACCAAUUUCUGAUGAGGCGGAGGCAGUGGUUCCCCGCAGAGGGAUCCCUUGGAAAUCCGUGCGAGAUCGACAACAGACUAGUUGGGUAGAAGACAGGAAAGUCAAGUUCAAGGACGCCUCUCCGGAGUCAGCGGUUCCAAUCAGCAGGACAUCUGACGGGCAAGACCCAGAAGCAGAGGGAAGUCGAAGUCGAGGUGGAUCAGAUCCAGAUGAUCCACCCAGUGAUGCUGAGAGCAUAUCUGCCUCCAGUGCCUCAUCCCGAAACCCUCGUUCACGGAUGAGCACACCGUUCAUGUCUGCAGUGGAUUGGGGCUACGAUGUCACUGUGCCGUCUGCGCAGGCCAGCGCCACCCCGGAAAGCGUUUCCGGCAGCUCGGGACGUCGACGAAGGUCAAAGCCAACCACUUUGGAGCCUUGCUCCUCAUCGACUGAUCGCAAUUUGGUGAAGCAGGUGAGCAUCGAAUCGAGUAUCGAGCGUGAGAUCUCUGAGAGAGUGAAACUCAAUGCGCAGCGACAAGCUCGAGAGGAGCGUUUGGUGCGUGUCGGCAGUACCGAUGCAAAUGUACCCUUGGCCUUGGAGAGGUGUUCUUCGGCUGACGGCGGAAACCCGGAAGCAGACCUGGCCAAUCACAUUGUGGAGGAUGGGGUGAAGGACACUGAGAUGGUCAUCAACACCUUGCGGAAUCUUGUUUUCUUCGAGACCUUCGACGAUGAAGCCCUGCACAGUCUCAUUGAGGCCAUGGAGGUCUAUGAGUUCAUGCACGGGGAGAAGGUGGUCCGCCAAGGUGAUACGGAUGGUACACACUUCUUCGUUGUGGCGCAGGGUGAAUUCUGUGUCCUAAAGGAUAAUGUCGCCCACUGCUACAUCGAGCCUGGUACCUCUUUCGGAGAAAGUGUCCUUUUGUUGUUCGGAGAACGCAGCGCAACAGUCUGUGCGCAAGGCUGUGCUCGUGCAUACGGAAUGGAAGGAAUGCAAGUCCGCGAACUUCUCAGCGCGCAAUACGAGCAGAGACGCUUAUCCAUCGUGGAUGCAAUGGACGAGGUGUUGAAGUCCCACGUCUGCGAGAUCUUGUCGGGACUCAAUGGUUACCAGCUUCAAAGCCUCUACGACCAGGUGGAAAUGAAGACCUUCGAAGCGGGUGAUGAGAUUCUGAAGGAGGGCGAAACCACCAAGGAGGGCAUGCGGCAUGCUGAGAAGCCCAUGCUGCGAUUGAACCAGGUGCUGAUCCUCUACAGCGGAGAAGUGCAAUCGUGGUCACGCGACCAGAAGAUGGACAACAUCGGCAGGUAUCAUUUGAUGGGAGAUCGAGCUUUGGUGCACAAGGAUGAGCUGCCUUUCCAGCAACCAACAACUUUGAAAGCUGAAACCGCAGUGGAGGUGCUUGUGUUGAAGCACUCGCUCCUGGAUAACCUCUUCGGGGAUGAGUUGCCACAGGUCUUGGUGAAGCAUCGCGUUCUCUACGUUUUGGCCAAGCAUCAGGACUUCUCCAGGUUACAUCCCGAAAACCGAGAAGCUGUGGCGUCAAGCUGCCAGAUCCGGCUCCUACCGAAAGGAUCCGAGCACAGCUGGGAGGAUGUUCGGGUGAUGGUCGCUUUGAAUGGAGAAGUGGAUCUGACUUUGGACGAGAUUGGCAUGCAGCAUUUGACGGGAGCAUCGCCUACCAUGUUCAGCAUCCCCUACAACGACCAGUUGGCACCCCUAAAAGUGAAGGCACUGGCAGAUUCGAAGCUCGCCGUUUGGCAACGUGAGGACCUGGGAAGCAUCCUGGCUUUCGAUAACUUCGAUGGAGCCGUGGAGCAAGAUAGUAAGGUCCGAAGCCUUCAAUCUGUCUUCAUCUUCGCCACCCUGUCUAUGGAGCAGCUGAAACGUCUGGCAGCUGCCUUGGAAAUCGAGACGGUGAAGAGGGGAGCCAAGGUCUUUUCCCAAGGAGACUUUGGAACGCACUUCUACAUCAUCCGAAAGGGAGUGGUCAGCGUGGAGAUUGAUGGCCGAGAGAAGCGACGGCUCGGUGCGCCCGACUACUUCGGGGACCGCGCACUGCUGGGCAGCGAGAUCCGGAGCGCCAGCAUCGCGGCCCUGGAGGACACAGAGUUGUGGAAGAUGGGCAAAGAGACCUUUCAAGAGAUGAUGCCUGGCAUCCCAGGCAGCCUUGCAAUGAUCAGGCAAGGGCCUUGCUUGGACUACUUGAAAGAUCGAAUCUCCCUGCAGGACACCAAUUUGACCUUCUCAGACCUGGAGUAUGUUCGCGUCAUUGGCCGCGGAGGGUUUGGAAUAGUCAAGAUGGUUCGAGCCCAGAAGACUGGAGUCAGGUAUGCCUUGAAGUGUGUGCGGAAGCGAGAUGUGGUGGAGAAGAAUGUUCAAGACGCCUUGGUGUCGGAGCUGAGUAUCCUGAAAGAGGUAGACCACCCGUUCAUCAUCAAAUUCGUUCGCUCCUUCCGGAACGAGUCUCGGGUCUACUUCUUAAUGGAGCUGGUCAGCGGCGGCGAACUCCUGGAUGCCUUGGAUUCCCUGGGACUCCUCAAGGACCACCAGGCACUCUUCUACACCGGGUCGAUUGUUCUUGCACUGGAAUUUCUCCAUGCACGACGUAUCGCAUAUCUGGAUCUCAAGAGUGAGAACUGCCUCAUUGACCAGCAGGGCUACUUGAAGAUCAUCGACUUCGGAAUCGCCCGUCGCAUCACCAACACCCGCUAUGGCCCGCUGAAGGGCACUCCAAUGUUCAUGGCCCCUGAGAUGAUCCUGGGCAAGGGUCAUACGACGGUUGCAGAUCUUUGGAGCCUGGGAAUUUGCCUCUACGAAUUCGUCAUCGGCAAUUUCCCAUUCGCAAGCAACUGCUCCAACCAUGGCGCGAUCUUCCAUGAGAUCUUGCGUGCAGAGCUGAAGUUCCCGCAGUGGUUUGAAAAGCAACCUUCGGCAGAUGACAUCAUGAGCCUCAUUCGUGGCUUGCUGACCAGAGACCCGAAGAAACGCCUUGGAGCAGGGCAUGAAGGCUAUGCCAAGCUAAAGAAGCAUGCCUUCUUCCGGGACCUUUGCUGGGAGAGGCUACUGGGGCGAGAGCUUGUGCCUCCUUUCGUCCCAAAGAGUGAAACGUACGCGGAGGACAAAGAAAAGCCAACACUGCCUGCCGCAGACGAUUACUUGCCCACGGUGGAAGAAGAGGAGGCACGCUGCGCUUCGCAAGAAGAGCCAUGGCAGGCCUUCCGAACAGACUGCAGACGUGACAUAGUUUUACGGCAAACAUAUACAGGCACGAUACAUAUAUAUAAUUUGGGAACCCAGACAGGUCCUCAUCAUACAUGUUUGAGGUUCUAUCAGUUCUAUUAG